AUGUCGCGGCCGUCCGUGCCGGUAGUUCAGCCCUCGCUCUCUUCUUUGCUCGGCUCCUCCUCGCCCGCGUCGCCUUCGUCCUGCUCUGCGUCGUCGCCGACCUCGGUCUGCUCGCCGUCCUCUCUCGCGUCGGUACCUCCGUCUCCGUGUGUGCCGCGUCGCUCGCCCUCGGCUUCUGCCGUCUGGCUGGACUGCGAGAACCCACUGCAGCCCUUUCUGCAGCUUCUAAACGAGCAAAAAACUGCUUCGAAGACGCUGGAGCGCUUCUGCCAGGAUUUGGCGAUCGCUGAAGAAGACCUGAUCUGUGCCCUCUCGAAGGCGAAGGGGAUCGCCGCAGACAGCUGCGCGCCCACGUACUUCCGCGAAGACGCGCGCAAGCACCUCCAGGAGCUCGACUUCUUUCAGGAGCCUCCCCCGCCCGAGGCGCCUGUCGCGCAUGCGCCGUCGAGCGCGUCGUUUGCCUCCUCCGCCUCGUUUCCUUCUUCGUCGUCUUUCCCCUCUGCAUCGUCUUUUUCGUCCUCGUCUUCCGCGUCCCUCUGGCUGGCGUCGAGCUCGGCCGUGGAGGGAAGGGCCGAGCGAGGCGACGAGGCGCUGGAGGAAGAACCUGGAGAGCGCGAGCGCCACGAAGACGAGAGCGAAACCAGGCAAAGCAGGAGUGAACGCGAGAGGGCGCGCGCCGCUCUGUCGGCGGCUGACGCCUCGGCGACUGCUGUCUGCGGCGCGGCAGGGGCAGGGCGAGGGCUCGCCCCCGACGUCGGCCGCGAGGAGACUCCGGAGGGAGGAGCGAGAGGGACAGGGGUUGCCGGAGAGGGCGACUCGUCGGAUCCCUCUGCGCCUCGCGCCCGCCUUCUUCACGAGGCUUCCGGGGUAGAGAGAGGAGACAGCCUUGACGCCUCUGCAUGUGCCGCCGACGAGGAAGCCACGGCUGUCAGUGCUGCGUGUUCUCUGUCUGGCUCGUUUCCGCUCGCAGCUUGCUCUGCGCCGCAGCUCGGGCUUCGCGCUGCGCCUCCGCGCCUGGCGCGCUCCUUGUCGCCGUCGCGUCCCGCUGCGUCUCCCGCCUCCACCGCCGCGUGCCCAGGGUCGGAGUUCGGGUGGAGCUUGCUCGAGGCGCACGCGCCGUGCGAGGAGGUCCUCUGUCGCGUGGGGCGUUCGCUCUUUCUCCUCGUCUGCGGCCGUCUGCAGCAGCACGCCGAGGCUCGCGCGGCGUUCCUCUCGCUAGCCAAGGCGACGGCCAGCCAGCAGCGGCUCCUGCUGGCGGAGAAGGCGCGGCUGGAGCAGCUCGUUCCGAAGCUGACGGCCUCCUUUCGCCUCGCGAGCACGCGAAAGGCCCGCGCUUUCUCGCGGUACGCGAAGGCCGUCGCCGACGCGGAGGGCGCCGUCCUCAUGCGGGAGCGCCUGAAAACCCAAAAUCUCAACAGCGCCUCCUCCGCCGCGCCCGCCUCGGCUGCGGCCUCCUCGCACGUGCUCGCUGCGUCGGCGUCGCCGUUCGCCCCGCUAGUCGUGUCUGCGUCGCCCCCCGGGAGCCGACACGCCUCGGCUCACGCGUCUGGGGCCGACGCCACGGAGCCUCGCUCUGAGUCUUCGCCGGCGUCUGCUGUCCCUUCAGCGCGAGGCAAGAGCGGCGAUGGAGGCGCACGAGUGGCCCGCGACAGACUCUCCCACGCAGUGGUCUCGCCGCUGCUCCCCCAGCUGCAGAGACAGCAGCAGCGCGCGAGCCUCCUGUUUCAGCUGUACAUACAGGCGAGGCGCGAGUACGGGGCCGCCAGCGUGGCAACUGCGAAGGCCGCGACGUCGCUGCAGGCGGUCGUGGCGCAUCUCUGCGCAGAAGAGCAGGAUUUCAUCGAGCGCGAGUUCCUCAGGAAGCAGAAGGCAACGCUGGUCGGGCUGUUUCGCGCGAUUGCGAGGCUCGCUGCUGCGGAAGAGAAGGCGGAGCGGGCGCUCGAGGCUGCGCUCUCCGAAGCGCAGAAGGAACUUUUGCCUGCUGUCACGCGCUGCCUCGUCAGCGAGAGCGAGAGACUCGCGCCGCAGGUCUUCAUAAGAGGGAGCGCGGAGACGCCCCCUCCGGGGAUCGAGGGUGAAGUGACACGCACAGUGGGCGCAGCGUCUCAAGGCGGCGAUGGAAGAAGUGAGCCGGCGCCAGACGCAGGAGGAAAGGAGGGAUGCCGAGAAGAAGACAGCUGCCUGUGGAACGGAGUUGAAAAGGAGGGCGAAAAACGAGAGGAAGCGAAUUCGGGUCCUUCGCAACUCGCGGAGCGUCAGGGGCCGGUGCACCUUAAGUCAGAUCCCGCUUCUGCAGCAGACGGAAGGAAGGCGAGCGGUGCUCCAGAGAGCGGGAAAGACAGAGAGACAACGGCAGGCGAAGAGCUGUCAUCUCUCUUCGCGGACGCGCGGAGCUUCUGCGAGCCCCUCCGCUCGAGUAAUCGCCGCAUGCAGAGUAUGUUGGAGGUCGUCCGGCUGGUCAUGCAGGCCUUCAGCAGCUACCACAAGGCGCUGGGGGCCGCCGCGGGAUCUCUCCCCUCCGCUUCGCUCUCCGAGUCGCCGUCGCUCGUCGCGGCCGCAGCAGAUCCUCGGCGCGCGGCGUCUUCGCCAGAGGCCGUCCCUCGCGGGGCGCGCGCGUCUUCAGCUGGCGGCGGGCGAGCCGAGGAGGGCGCGGCAGCCGCUUCGGCCCCCACCACCGGCGCCGGCUGGCCCAGCGGGCGCCGCGCGGAGCCGCUCCUCAUGGCGGGCUGCGGCUCGGCUCUUCUGCAGGCCUGCGUCGCGGAGGUCGCGGAGGUUUGCCACACGCUGGAGACGUGCUGCGGCGAGUACCUUCUCUGCCUUCUCAGCGAAAGCAUCGCCCAGCAGCGAAGCGCCAUCCAAAAGCUCUCCGCCGCAGAGGACGACAUGCGCCGGCUGCUGAGCUCUUCCCGAGCUGCAAAGGCCGAGACGCUCAGCCAGAUCGCGGCGCUCGCCGAACGCGUCGGUGCAGCAGAGACAGAGGGCGCCGAGCGACGCAGUCCUCGCAAGGACUGCGACGGCCGCAGCCCCUCCGCGCGCUCAUCCGCGGACACAGCCCCGCCACGUGCGGAUGCGGGGACGCUGGGCGGCGACAAAGAGCGCGGAAAUCGAGACUCGGGAGGAGGCGUCGACUCCCCUGGCGCCAGCGAUCCCGACACUGCCCUACCUGCCUCGGCCUCUCAGCCGGCGUCGUCUGCUGCGGCGUGUCUGUCGCGGUCAGCGUCUCUCGAGUUGCUGCAGGCGUUGACUGGAAACGUGGCGGAUCAGGAGGUGAUCGCGGCGGGUCGGCUGAAGAAGCUGAUGAAGACGAUUUGCGCGGGCGAGGCGCAACGCUGCAGUCUGCUUCUCUUGCAGUCGAAAGCUGUUCACCGCUCAAGCAUCGAGGCCGCGGCCGGCGCGGCUGCGGAGUGUCGCGCAGCCAAACAGCUUGCGGAUCGCGCUCGGGAGACGCGGGCCUUCCUGCGCUGGCUCGCCGAUGUCUUCCCCGACGUCCAGCGUGGCGCCCUCCGGCGCCUGGAGACCUACCGGAGCGAACGCGCGGACAAAGGGGACGGCGCGGACCCGGGGAGCAUGCGGAGUGGGGGUCGCCGACUCGAGUCUGGCGACGCGGAGGAGCGACACAAGAAGAAGGAGAAGAAGAGGCGCAGGGGAAGCCGCGAGAGACGCGACCGCGGAGACGGAGAGAAGCGCGCGCGGAGCGUCGGCGAGGGCGGAAAAGAGGCAGGGCGCGGGGAAGGCGCAGGACCUGUUGAGUCUCCAUCGUGUCCUUCGCUCUCGCGGCGAACGUUCUCUGAGGCGAGCGUCGCCACGGUGCCCAGGUCGCCGCUGUCGUGUCCUGUGGAGCUGAGCCUCGGAGACCGUGGCCUCACUCGUCGCUCACGCUCGCAGGUCCAGAGUGGCGACGACUUACGCAGCGACAGGAGGAGAGUGCGCGACAGGAGGCGCUCAAGAAAGGCCGAUGCGCCUGCAGGCGACGAGACAGCGUCCUCCGUCUCUUUGCCCUGCGCUGGCCGCUCGCCCAGUCCAAGGCACUCCGCUUCCUUGCGUGCCCCUUCGCCCUCGUCUUCCGCGCUCUCGCUGUCUCCUCCGCCGUCUACCGGGGAGCGGCGCCGCAACUCCGCGCGGGGGGACGCGGGCGGCGAGCGCGGCCGCCCCCCGGUGCGCGCGCUGUCGUCGAGCUUCUCAGCCGAGUUGGGCUCGCCUUCGCCUUCUUCGUCGCCUGUCUUCUCGUUUUGCUCUCCUCUCGCAAAGUCUCCCUCCUCUGCGUCCCUUCGCGAUGAAAAAACUCGAGACAGUGAAGACGAAAAGGACGCGAGCGCCUGCCGAGAAGAGGGCCUGGAAGACGCGAGCCGCACGACGCUCGCGCGACCAGACGAGGAGCCCAGAGGACACAGAGGGGACGAAGGGGAUAGACAGAGACGCCGCGAGGGAGACAAACAACCGAGCGCCCUCGUGGCUGCUGCAGCCCGAAUGAAACGCGUUGAAUGCGCAGCAGUCUGGUGGCGCGACGUGGUGCAGAUUUCGUUGCCGCUCUCGCCGCCCGCUUCCUCUCCCUCGUCUGCCUCCUCGUCGUCGACGUCCUGCAGCACGCUCGCGAGCGGCUCCACCUGUCCCUCGGAGCGGCCGGGGACCUUGGGCGGCGAGAGCGGGCCGCCGAAGGCGAAUGCAGGCGCGCCGGAGUCGGGCGCGGCUGCAGAAGAGAAAGCCGAGCGCGAGAAGAAAACGGCGGAGGACUACGAAAAGGAGCUCCCGGUCUCGGCGGUCAUGACACUCGAGGAAGGGGUCGUCAAGCUCGAGUGCGCGGCGCUCUGCGACUUUGACGGCUCGGAGUUCGACGCGCUCACUUCGGCCUCCUCGUCUGCCGCGACACACGUGCCUCACGUCCCCCGCAGCCGCUCGUUCUUCUUCCGCCGGGGCGACAUCGUGCGGGUCACAGUCCCCGUGGGGCCUCUCUGGGAAGGGCUCGACCCUCGAGGAGUCAAGGGCGUCUUUCCUGCGAGCUGCGUCUUUGUGCCGGCGGACAGCGUCUGGGCGGCUCGCCCGGCGCUUCAGGAGAAGGACAGAGGCACUCUGGAGCGCCUCGUCUUCGACUUCUUUUCUUCCACGCGACCAGGCUUGGCUGCCUCCGCGGCCUCCGCGAGUGUGGGGUCCGGCGCGGCGGACACUGAGGCGACAGCGCAGAGAGAGGAAAAGAAGGGCGAAGCCGGCGAUGCGAAGCGGCGCCAGAGGCCAGCGCUUCCUUGCUUUUCGCCGCGUGUCUCGCGCGUGUGCCCCGGGUCGCGGCUGGACACGGAGUCGGAGUCGACGGGCGAGUUCGCAGAGGAGGAGACGCUCUCCUCCUCGGAGCCGCGGCGCACUUCCUCCACUCGCGCGAUGCAGCCGCCGUCGUUCCUGCCCAAGGGUCGCCUCCAGCCGCAGCGGAAAAAGCGCGAGGCGACCGACGAGCCGGGCGACAAAGCCGCCGGCGACGGCAAGAGAGACGCGAGCGCCUGCGAGGAGGUGCGCGCGGGGGUGGACGCGGCGGCCGCGGAGCCGGGGCUCGCGCGAAGCGCUGAGGAGGUGGAGGACGGAGGAGCCCAGAAGGCAGAGGAGACGCUCCAGGAGCAACAGCAAGAGCGAGAAGACGACGAACGAAGGAAAGCCAUGUACCGGAAGGGUUUCAGCGAAAGCAGCUGCGACAUGCUCAAGCGCGAAGCUGCCCACGACGGACUCUUGCCUGGCCUCGCACCGCGCUUCGAAGGCGACGAGGACGCCGACCGAAUGCUUCAGCUUUCUCGAGGCGAGCGGACGAUGAGUCUCGGGGUCGCUGCCGGCUCAGAGAGUCUGCCCACUGGCGACUCUGCGACGGCUGCUGCAGCCGUGGCCUCGCUGAGCAGCUACGACCGUCUUCACCAGGAGGAGUUCAAGCAGAGAAUUGGCUUGACGGAGUUCGUUCUGCAGUCGUACAGCUGCGCGCUCUCGAAGCGGAUUCUGCUCCAGGGUCGGUUGUACGUGACGCAAAACACGCUCGCGUUUUUCUCCUUCUUCAACGAAACGACGAUCUUCGGCCUCGAGACUGUGCUCAUCAUGAAGAUGAAGGAGAUCGUUGCAAUUCGGAAGAAAGUAAACGCGUUUUUCUUCGACAAUUCUAUCGAAAUUGAGCUAACUGGCGACCGGCGACACUUCUUCGCAACCUUCCUAAACCGCGAUAAGCGCGCGUUUUCGAUCUCAAGUUCUCGCGAGUUUUCCCGUGGCGUGGAAAGCGAGGCGUGUGAUACGAUGGAGGAGAUCUCUGGGGUCUUCGGAGCGCGGGACGCAUCCGUCCCUUUGCCGUCUCUCUUCGAUUCCGGGCGAUUUGCCUCUCCCGCCGCGAGCGGUCCCACACUUCCACGGGUGCAGGCGCCUCCGGCGAGUUCAGGAGAUCAGCGAGGUGCACCCGUGCCGCCUGAGGAGUCCGCUUCUGAGGCCGGCGCUCAGCGUCGCGCCUCUGCAUCUCCUUGCGUCUUUUCUUCGCGCAAAGAAGUCUCUGCCUCUCGCUCGGGGUCUCUCGCCUGUGCUUCGACCCCUCCGCCCCGUCGUUCACCGUUUUCCGCGUCACCCUUUCCCUCGUCGUUCGUCGCGUCGGCUGCCACCGGCUCCGCGCUGUGCACGCGCGAGGCCGUGGCGCUGGCGGUCCGGAGAGCAGCCGUCGCCGUCGCCGUCGCUCGCCAAAGACGGUCGGAAGUCUCCGCCCUCAGCGCGUCCGCGUGCUUCGCCGCGGCGCCGCCGCCGCCUGCGGCUGCCCCCGGUCUCGCGAACGAAGACGCGGCGCCGCAGAGAGCCGAACAGGAGGCAGCUGUAGAGUCGGGCGCCCCCGCUUCCAGGCUGCUCGCGAGCGGACUCGCCAAGGUGCUGCUUCCUCAGGCUCGCUUAGUAGCUGAAGCCCAGCCAGACUCAUGCGCGCGUGAAGAAGCGAAGAUGCAGAGCGAGCCGGCAGGGGAGAAGCUGCGGAGCCGCGGGACGCCGCCAGUUGACAGCUUGUGGGAGGAAGGUCAGGCGACCGCCCGCGGGCGAGAGGAGGAUACGGUGAAGGACCCAACUGAUGACGCGGAGCUCAGAAUGAUGCGGAUAGCGAAUCGGAGAUCGCCGACGGAAGGCGCAGGCGAAGGGCGAUCGCAGCAAAUUCAGCGCGAAUCAGCUCAGGAGGGAGAAAGCGAAGCGGGCUUUGGAAUCGAUCGCAAAGGAAACCCGUCGAACACAGGGACGGAGACGACGCGGGCGCAGGCAGGUGAAAAGGAAGAAACUGCCGGUCUUCUUUCAUUUCCAAAUCUGAGAGACGUGGCCUGGGGGCCGUCGCACGUGAAAGACGCGGCUGCGCUCUCGCCCAAGGUUCCUCACUUUUUCUCUCGGAUCGGCGUCGCCACUGCGUAUUCGGAUCUCUCGUCUUCGUCCAUAGGCAGCCAGCGCCACCCCUCGCGCGGCCUCUCUUCUGCAUGCGCGUCUCCCGCACUUGUCUCCUCGCCUCGCUGCUCGCCUCCGCCUUCUCCGUGCUCCUUUGCCGCUGCGACUUCGCCUCCCCCUGCGCCCGCCGCGACGGCCGAUUCGUCCGCGCUGCCUGUCCCCGGACACAGUGCGCCUCCCGCCCCGCGCGCCGCUCUGCUGCCGACGAACGGCGAGGUGUCUGCGGUCGCGUGCGCGCGUCAGUUCUCCUCGCCGUUCGCUGCGCCGCCACGGCCGUCUGGCCUCCACGCGCUUCAGCCAUCCGAGUUAGCAGGUGACUUAGAAUCGCGUCCCGCUCCCGAUUAUUCAAGGCGACCCCCUCAAAAGAACGGAGAUCGUCGCGCUUCUGCUCGCACGGCCGUCAGUGGGCGGCACGCGGAGUCUGUCGCAUUCGCGUCUCAGGCCGCGGACGCAGCUGACUCCACGACAGAGACGACAGAGACGACAGAGACAGAGAGCCUGCGUGGAAUCUCACGCGGUCGCGACAGCGAAAGACUCGCCACGGGGCGAGGAGGAAGCGAGGGAGAUCUCAAAACCCGAAGUCAGCUGAGCGAAUGGGGUGGGGGAAAAGGAGUGGAAGCGAGCCCGUUUGAAAAUCAGGAGAAGCGAGGAAAACCGAGACGUGAACAAGAUGCCUACGAUUUCAUUCUCGCGCUUUGGGAGAUCCAUAAGCGCAUGGUUGAGCACGGGCUCCAAGAUCGACUCGAGACGCCGUUUUGCGAGGGAAGCCCCUCUGAGGAGAGAGAGGACGGGCUGGAGGCGUCGUCGCGUGAUCGCGCGCCGUCGGAGUUCAAGUCUGUCCGCCGCUUCGUCGCAGUUAAGGCGGAGAGUGCAGCUGCGUUCCCUGCCGACCCCGGAGCUGCAGAUCGACUUAUAGACGAGGCCAAGAGGCGAAUCCUGGCGAGCAGACAAGCGCAGGCGGAAACUGCCCGCUCGGAAGACGCCACAUUGAGAGAGGCAGCGAACGACGAGCGUGGCAAUCCGACUGAAUCUGGAGAAAGCGUGCGCGAAGAAUGUUCACAGAAUGGCAAAGAAGCAGAAAGGGAUGAUCCGACAGAGGAGGCGAAGCAGGCGUGCCCGUCUGCCCCCCUCCGCAAUGUCGUGCCCGGCGAAAAGUAUAACAUGAAGCUCGAAGAAGUUCUCAGCAUCCUCUUUGUGGACUUAGACAAUCCGAAAAACCCCUUCUUCCGAUCCAUGGAGGCACAGCAAGCGUCUAUCGGGCCUCCGUUUCCCUCGUGGAUGCCUCGGCUCCCUCUCGCCGCACGCGUCUCUGGGGCUUCUCGAGAGCGGAGUGACGGUGCCACACAGGACUCCGAGGUCGGCGAUCGCGCAGAAGCGCGAGCAGAGCGUCAGGAGGAAGCGAGCUGGCAAGCCGACAUUCUGGAGCUCGCGAAAAGGCGCCCGUCGCGCGAGCUGGCUUACGAGAUGAGCUUGCCUGUGACGACCUUGAACCGGCUGCUGGGGCUGCCUUCCCGCGGCAACAUCGAGGAGCGCCACGCGGUGUUCAUGGUGUCCGAGGCCUGCGUUGUCAUCGAGAAAGACGCUUACCUCCACGGGCUGCCGCUGUCGGACUGCUUCUUCACUAGGGUGCGAUACCGCCUCACUGCGUUGAACGCGGCUGCGCGGCUCUCCUUCUUCGGGGGCCCUCUGAAGGACAGCGAGCGAGCGAACGGGGAGAGGGAGGAGGAACCUGCCGCGCGUGACGCUGCGCUGGAGACGCCCGAGACGCAACUCGACUUCGAGUAUGAAGUCGUCUUUGUCAAGAGCACGUUUCUUCAGGGGAAAAUUACUUCUCAAGGAGAGGCGCAGGUCGCUGACACGCUCGCGCAGUUCCUCCAGUUCAGCCGCGAGGCUCUCCAGGCAGCCGUCGAGGCGGACGCGGCGAAGGCGAGCUUGGCUCUCCCAGGCGAACCGACAGAAGACGCACGAGACGCUUCUGGCGGCCGUUCUCUUCGCGUUUUACAGUCCGCCGCAGCUGUCGCGGUGUCCGCGGGGGGGACGGCAGGGGCGGUGCGUGACGGUCGCGCGGGGCGACUGCCCUCGUCCCUUGUCUCUGCGUUUUCGUCUCCGCUGCGGUCUUUGCUGGCCUCGCCUUCGCUGGUGCGGGCGCGCGAGCAGGGCUCGGCGCGCUGGGAGGAGUUCAUGCAUCUUUGCCGCACGCUGCUCAGCUUGUCGUCUCUCCUGGCUUUCGCUGCUAAGCUCCUGCCCUCAACGCCAUUCGAAGGCCUCCUCCUGCUGCUCGUUUGCGCCCUCUACUGGCGCGUCGCCGCACUCGAGAACUGCCUUCGGGAUGCCGAAGAGCUCUCCUUUCCCAGCGCCGACAGAAAUUCGCUUCAGUAG